AUGCCAGAAGUUGUGCAAGGAAAGCACAGCUCAAGUGACCGCAUGGCGAAAAUGAACAUUGGCGACGCGACCGUCGGUUUUGCCUUAACCGAGCUGGAAGCCGAGCUUGUGAUUGCUCUCUGUGGGCAAGUUUGUCGUCGUCUGUGGAUCUGUCCGCUGUGGGGAAAGACCGCGCUUCCCGUGGUCCUUUUGUGCGACGGAGAAACGAAGGAAUUACGAGCUGACGCACGCUUGCGAGCGAGCCCAUAUUCAAAUGUUCUCCAGGGUCCAGUCCAGGAGGGCCAGGCGACGUCAGGAUGGGCAGACAAUGGAACGGAAAACGGCCGCCUUUGA